GGCAAGAUGCAUCCAAUGGACAUGUUCUGCCUCCUUAUACGCUUUUAAGCGUUGGAAGAACUUUUGCUGGAACACAGAAUAUCUCCGGUUUACAGAAAGAUGAAGCUUGGAGGGUUAAUGUGCGGAUUCAAGGAUGUGAUCUUGAUAAUGGUUAUUUAUGUGGUACUAUGGAGGCACUUAAUGUUCCACUAGCAGACACUCCUGUUGUUACUUUUUGGGAAGGAGAGUUAAUUGAUGCCAAGAACUACACAUUUUACACUGGCAAGUGGAAAGCAACACCAGAUGAAGACAUAAAACAUUGGUCCAAGUUUCCAUGCUUUAGUCCACUUCUGAGUCAAGUAGAAGCAGAUGGGGGCAAGUCAUUGGACCUGAGUAACUAUCCCUUCGUGUUUAUGAGAUGGAAAGAGCAGUACUUUGUAAAUGUCGGAAUAGAUUGUGGUUUGACAAUAGCUGGUUUUUACUAUGUGUGUUUUUCAUGUAGUGAUGGCUCCAUUAAUGGCUUCUAUUUUGAUCCAAACAGCAGUCCAUUUCAGAAGCUGGAACUAAAAUCUACAAACGAGGGACUUUCAGGUUUCACAUUUUCAUCCUACCAGCUCCAAUGAACAAUACUUUAUAAUCAGGAUUUUUAAUGUAUGUUGGCUCUGUUGCUACAUUUGGCCUUUUAUGUAAAUCUCUUUAAUUCCAGCUCUUCUUUCCAGAAGUUGUACUCUUUUUCCUCUUAUUUAAAGGAGGUUUUUAAUGAGUUUAGCUCAAGUGAAGUUUUUACAUUUAA